CCGAGUUAAGGGGCAGUACUGUUCUACGCAGUGUUUAGAAUGUUUUCGAGCUUUUUAACACCAAAUAAUACGAAAGAACCAAUAGGUAUUAUAUAGGUACCUUAGAUGUCGCAUUAGCCGAAGAUACUUGACGCACAUUAAAAAUGCCUUGUCGGUAUUUAAAGCAUCUUUGGUUUUAUUAAAAGGACAAGUAAGGGAGCUAACUGCGUAAAGAGAAAUUCCGAGAGAACAAGGAGUUACUAUUGUUUUUUGUGUAUAUAACACGAAGAUAGGGGGAUUUAGAAUACAGGUCGACUAUACAGUAUUAUCAAGGAAGAAAAGUCAAUGUAUUUGAAAUACAAGGCACAAAAGCACCUGUGUAUAUAAUUGGAUUAUUUAUGGUAAAUUAUGACUAAUAUUAGAGAAUCAAAAUGGAUUUAACUAUUAUGUAUAAAGUUAGCAGGGCAAUAAAUUGAUAACAUUUUGUGAAAUGAUAUAGAUCUAAAUAGUUUUGUAAAUGUUGUGCAUAAUGAAAUUACCAGUGUGGAAAUGGUGAAACUGCACAGUUAAUUGACUUGCAACACCUAAAUCUGUGUGAAAAGAGGCAAAACAAAUUUUUCACAUUAGUUACAUUGAUGAUAAGAAAAAAAUACGGUUUAUACUGUAGUUGUUUACAAGUAAAUUUGAUGGAUAAACACGUUACGGAAAAGCAAUAUUCAGGAAAGGAGUCAUCGAAAGGAAAGUUUGGACAUUUUAAAGUUUAAUCUGAAAAUUAGCCAUAUCAUUGAUUAUGACUUUUAUCGCAGUCGACUGGCACGAAGGAGAAGUUACAAAGGCUAUAUUAACUUUUGGCAAGUGUACUGACGUACUAUCCCAGUACUGCCGUUAUAUCAAAAACAUAUCAUAUUGAAAUGGGAGAUUUAAAUUUAAAACCUGACUAGGGAUUAAUUCAAGCAGGCCGAAAUGUCGGCUGUGAAAAGAAAGUAUGUAAAAAUUAUAGUGUUCUCAAUGAGCGUCUCUUCUGUCAUAUUUAUAUAAAUAUUAGUUAGGAUUGUAACAGUAUAUAUUGAUCUCAAAUUAUCGACUUUGAAAAUAUUUGGAUUUCAUAUACAAGAUUCCAUUAACCUAUAUAUAACAUUGCUAUCCCACUAUGAUAUUGUCCUAACUGAUAUUAAAUGAGAUUAAAUAUAUGGAAAGCGAAAGUUUUAAGUGACAAAUCAUUUAAUAGGACUGAUGUUUUUAAAUUCUACGAAAACAAUAAACUGUAAUGGCAGAAGCAGAUAAUGAAGAUGAAAAAUUUGUGAAGAAUAUUAUUCAUGAGUUAUCAGCCUUCCAAAAAUCAGAUACAACAAAUAAAACCGGUGAACAGGCAGCAGAAACUGUCGAUACUAAACAUAACUCAGAAAUGAAUGGUCCAGAACAAGUUUCUGAAGCUGAGAAAAGCGAAACUGUAACAUCUGAAAAUGUCUCAACAAGGGAAGAUAAAUCUGAAGAGCCCGAAGCUUCAAAUGCACAAGCACAAGAGCCCACUAAGCAGCCAAGUAGAAUAAUCCGAUUAUCAAGGCCAUAUAACCCUUAUAGUUCUGCAAGAACAUCUGUUACUUCUGUAACCACUAGCUCUUCAGCUUCUAUUUCAUCGCAGUCCACUUCAUCAACAGUAAAUGGAACUGUUACCAGCUCUACUGUGGGUCCUGGGGCUCCAGGUAGCAGGUUGGCUGCCUUACAGAGACCAGGGAGUCCAAUGCAUCGAAUAUUGCAACGGGCACAGAGUCCAGCCCUUGCUGCAGCUGCCAGAAUGACAAGGCAAACUUCAGGAGAUGGCACACCUACAGGGGCAUGUUUAAUCUGA